AUGGCGCCUUCACGCUCGUUUUCGUAUAUUCUGUCGCUCGUUUUGACAUUCAACUUCUUUUCAUUCGUUCUUGCCGCCCCAUGGAUCGUCACCGAGGCCUACGAACAGGUCCGUGUGACCGAGUACCCGUAUGAUGACUACUAUGAGACCGAGUCUCCGACAGUUACGACCUCGAUUGAAGAGAUCAAACUGACGGCGACCCCCGUCCCGGAGGCAAUCUCUACCAUCACCUCCGUUGACUCCUACUCGUCCGUUACCGUGAUUGAGAAACUGUACCCUACCAGUGUGGGCACACCAUACGAUUACUAUGAUGACUACUACUAUAAUACGGAGAGUGGCAACCAUCUCACCGUCUACGUGGUGAACAUCACCUACUCGGCCCCGACAGCAUGCUCAACCCAAUGGACUACCACAACCGCAGUGACCGUAAACCCUCCCUAUGCCGUCGAGGAUCUCCUCCCCAAAACCGCCAUGUCAACCUCGCUAUAUGUGGAUAACUCGGAGCCCUUCAGCCCAACUACCUACACCUACGACUAUAUCUUUGUCGAACCCACUCAGAUUCCAUCCUCGUCACUGAGCUACCUGAGCUUGGAAUAUGCCCCGACCACCCUGUACGACGACAGUUGCUAUUAUGAAAGCUCAAGCUCAAGCUCAAGUUCAGGCUCAGGCUCAGGCUCGGACUCGAGCAGUUACUGUGAAUACUGCUACUACAAUGACUACGACGACUAUGAGGGAAGUUGGUUCUUCGACUCAUACUGGAUGGGCAUCUCCCCCUUCGCCCUGACCAUGAUCCUCCUUUUCGGCUGGAUCGGUAUCUUCCUUAUCGCCGGCUUCAUCGAAGCCUGGGUCCGUUUCCGCCGCCUCAUGCUCGGCUGGCAGACACGUCGCGGUCUCCCUCUCUGCUGGGCCUUUACCGUGAUGCCCUUCACAUUCCUCCUGAUCAUAGCCUUCCGGAAAGGCUUCCGAGCUCGUAGCGAGACCGAAGCCGUCGCGCUCCGGGAGCAAUGGGACGGAUUGGGUUUCUGGAAAAAGCUCAAGCUCUUCUUCGUUUGGGGUUUCCGCUACAAGUACCCGCCUAUUCUGGGCGAGGCACCGCCCCGUGUGAAGCCUAGUAAACAGCCUGGUCUGCAACCGGGUAGCAAGCAGCCUCGAGAGUCCCUUUUGAACCCGGCUCAGCCUAUGGCAUCGGGUGCUAUCCCGGAAGCUUCUCGGGGUGUGGCUGCCGAGGGAGCUGCGGAUCCGGAGAUGGGUGAGGUUGAGAACAGCUCUCACCGGACUUCGGGUCAGGGUGAUCACCCUGUUGGUGCGGCUUCGGGUGCUUUGGAUGGACAUCACGAUGGGCAAGUUGGUCGGACUCAGUAG